UCCUCCCUCCGCCUCAGCAGCAGGGUCUGCGCACGCGCCGGCCUCACUCCCGCGCUUUCUCCGGCGAGGAAGGAUAUGAUGGCAAGUCACCUUGUAAAACCCGAUUCUAGAAAUUGCAAGAGGCCAAGAGAAAUGGAGCCUCAAAUUCCAGAUAGUCCAAUGCUCUCCUCUCUUGGAAAAUCAGAUUCACCAUUUUCUGACUAUGCUGGAUUAUUUUAUAAGGAUAAGGCCCUGGAGAAAGAGUUGAAUGAUACAAGCAAGGAAAUUAAUCUAAUGUUUUUUACAUAUGCAAAGAUCUUAAGGCAAGUACUUACAGUAUAUUCUUGUAGAUCUUUAUGUUAGAAAUAGUUUUCUUCUGGAAACUGUAAUGGAACGUUUAAUUUUGGCUGAAAAACUAUUAAGUUAUUAAAACUUUGAAGUUUUUAUUUUAAAUACCUUAUAAUAGGUUAUUUUCAGGUUCCAACCACAAGUUUUCCUUUAAACAUCUCUUGUUUUGCUAUUGCCAGAGCUAAUACUAUGUUGGAUAUACUUUGGUCUUUAAUUAGGAACCAUGGUACUAAUGUUAAAUUUUAUGUGAAUACUUCUUUGAGAAAAAUACUAUUUGAUGAAAUUAAUGAUACUCAUCAAAUGAUAUUAAAGAUAAGUACCUUAUGUGUUUAUGGUUUAUCUUUAUAUAUUUGAAGCCUGCAUUUAUUGGCCUGAGAUUAAAGUGUAUUGUAAGAUAGUGUUUUAAACUACUAGACAAUCAGUAUACUUGUAUAAUGGUUUGUGUGGCUUUAAAAACAAUUUACAUAGUUUAAUGUUAAAAUUAUAAUACAUAAGAUGUACUUUUUACUGUGUCAAGAGACUUUUUGAGAAAAAUUAUGUGUAUUUGUGGGACUAAUUCAAUCUUUUGCUGAAGAAUAUGAGUAAAUAAGUAAGCUCUCAUGUCUAAAGCCAUUUAAGUCACAUAGCUAACAAAUAUAGUAUAGUAAAGCACAUCACCACGAUGAUGUAUUUAGACUCAUAACUUUAGUUUAAUGUAAAACUUCUUUUUUUCCUAUUAGUGAGAGAGCAGCAGUAGAUGCAUCCUACAUUAAUGAGAUAGAUGAACUCUUCAAGGAAGCUAAUACUAUUGAGAACUUUCUGAUACAAAAAAGAGAGCUCCUGAGACAGAGGCUUACAGUGAUUGCAAAUACCCUGCACAAAUAAAAUGUGUACUACACAUAAGUGGAGAAUUUAAACCUAAAAUUGUUAUAAUAAGAGAAUGACCUUUAUACUCUGACCUUUCUGUAAUCAUUAAAGAUAAUGUAUAUCUGGAACAGAGAAUUUUUUUUUCUAGACUUUAAAAGAACUUUAAGUUGGAUGUUAACAUGAAAUAUGGAACUUUUCUUUUGAGGGUUAUAUAUUUGGAACAUUUUCUAAAAAUGUAAAUUAUUUAAAUCUUACAUGGGUUCUGUUUUUUUUUUCUUUUUCCCUUUCACACCUACCCUUUCUUAAACUUCUAAAAACAGAACUCAGUUAAUUUUAUUAUGUCUAACAAUACUGUACUUUUUUCUUUUAAAUGACUUUAAGUAGCAGACAGUUUUAUUUGAAAUAUAUUUAGUGGUCAGUACUAUAGAAGAACUUUACAACAUCAAAGGUAAUUUGUCAGGUUUCACAAUACAUAAUAAAAUAUGACUGUGUUAUUGCUAUAUAAUAGUACCAUUUGAUUGCUUUCACUAUUAGUUUUUAUAUGUAAUUAAUAAAAAUUUGAUUUAAAAUUA